ACUUGACCUUCCUCCCCUGAAAUAGCUUAUUAUAGAUCAUAUAAUAUGGACGUGAACGGAUCACCCCUAAGGAAAUGAGAAAAGAGUUAAAACUUAUUUGAAAAUUAACUGACCUGUCAAUAGGGGAAGUCCAGAAGGAUCCAGUCUCAUUCCCCAUGCAUCAUGAAGAAAAUCAGUUCUUCCUUAUGGAGCAACAGGAGUAGUUCAGUUUCCAUAGAGAGAAGCCCUAGCAAGGGAAAUCUUCAAACUAUGUUGGAUGAAGGAGAAUACGCUCCCUUCACAUCGACACCUAUUCUAGAGGGCAAUUUUAUUCAGGUCAAUAGGAGAGGAGAAUCUGUGUAUCUUCAUAACCGAGCCAACUGGGUGACUGUAGGCAUCUGUGCUUCCAGUAACAACCUCAAUGUUCCCAGUGUGAUGUUAUUGGCACAUCUGGAAUCUAACUCCAAGAACAAUGAUGAGCCAACCUUUAAUAAUUUCUUGAAUCCAACCUCUGAAUUUCAGCUAGUACUCAGCAGGGUUUUCCCAUUGCAGUUUGUGACUAUUUCUGUUCAUGACGCUCCGAAAAUGUGCCUCAAAGUAAAGCUGGUGAGUGGACGUGCCUACUACCUUCAGCUCUGUGCCCCCUCACAUAAACAAGAUAUUCUGUUCCAACAAUGGGUUGAGCUCAUCUCUCUCUUGAAGCCUCCUAUGAAAUCACAGAUGGUCACUGCCUUUACAGUAGGCCAGAAAGUUUCAAAACUCCAUGAGAACAAUGACAUAAUGAUCAGUUCUGAGGAUGAUAUUCAAAUAAACAAUGAGAUAAAUGAACAGCUAAAAGAUCCAGAAAGUGAUGCUGUCUAUGAGAAUGAACCAUCCAGUAAUAUUAUAAUCUCUGAAGUAACUUUUGAAGAAUGUCAGUGUAAAUCAGUAGUGAAUAAUCAAACCAACAUGAAACAACGUGAAACUAUUAUAAAAAAGGAGGUGAAUGAUCCUGAUCUUGAUGAAAAGGAGUUCAUUGUUUUAAAGCCAGUCAUGAAAGCAAAAGAGCUCAGGGAUUCCAGAAAUGAUUUAGACACUGCAGUGAAUGUGAUGGGCGAAAUUAGAAAUAAUUGAUAUUUCUCAACAAGAUGGAUUAAAAUGGAGCAACAACUAGAGAUACUAAGAAGAGGGGGAAAUUGCCCUUCAAAUUCUGGCAGUGUACUCCACUCUUUCUUUCCUUUUCACCUUUUUAAAUAUUAAAAAAAAAAGUCUCAAAA